CAGACAGACACACACACACACACACACACACACACACUUAGAAAUACAGACACACACACCAAUACUCCGACACACACGCACGCACCGACACACACUCACACACACACCCUCACACACACCGGUGUACCGGGCGCAGUCCUGGGCUAUGGGGACCUGUCCGGUCUGUUGUAAAGGUCACAGAGGCCUGUGUCUCCGGGCCCUUCUUAAAUGCUGCUCUCAUUACGAGUUCCCCCCCCUCCCCCCACCUCCCCCCCUCUCCCAGAAUGCACUGCACCAACGUGGGUUCGAUUCCCAUAGCAACCGAAGCGACUAGAACCCUCAUCCUUAUUUUAUUUGGGCUGCCGUUUCGAAAACCUUGAAUCGUUGUUAUUUAUUUGUUUUCGGGUUUUGUUUUCGUUCUUUUUGUUGUUCUGCCUUUAACACUCAUCUUAAACCUAUGGAUCUUAAACAAACAAUGAUGGUGAUGAUGAUGAUUAUGGGGAUGAUGAUGAUGAUGAUGAUGAUGAUGAUGAUGAUGAUGAUGAUGUUGAUGAUGAUGAUGAACACAAUGAUGAUGAAGGGGAUAAUAGUGAUGAAGAUGAUGAUGAUAAACACAACAAUGAUAAUGACGAACGAGAUAACAGUGAUGAUGAAGGUUCGAUGAAGAUGAUGAUGAUGACGAUGAUGAUGAAGAGGGAGUUUUUAGAUCGGACGGCCGCUCCGACAAACCGACCGCUGGGGAGCGUUCGGUUUCAUUUCGGCGGCCCUUGUCGUGUUUUUGCAUCUUACCCCGUGUGGAAUGAAUAGUCUUACGUCACCACUGCGCUCACUUUGUCUUGACCGUUUGUAUGGAAGGAAUGCACUAUACACUUCUCUUUGUGGAUCAAUAAAGUCCUAUUUUUAUAGUAGCCUGUGUAUAUCGCCUGUCUCUAUAGUGAACCAUGUGUCUGUUGUCUUUAAGGUGUAUAUAUAUAUAUGUAUAUUUAUAUAUUCCAGCCGGUCAAACCGCUAUAAAUAUUUAUUAUCUCUCUGCACUUCCACCCUUUCAUUAAGAGAAGUUCGGAGCGAAGUUCGGAAUGAGAUCUGUAUUCGUGUGGAAGGGUAAAAGCCGAGGCUUUAAUCAAGUCCUUUUUAAUUUUUUUAUAGACGUAUACAUACGCGAUGGAGCGUUGAAGGUGUGCGUUCGCUUACUAUACCCUGAGGGUGUGUGUGUGUGCGUGUUGGUUCUUCAGGCUCAGUGUGUGUUCCUUCUGUCUCUCCCGUAGAUCACGGACCCGUCGAGUUCGGGGACGGACGUCUCUUCAGCGGCCGGGGGUCUCUAGGGGCAGGCUUCCCCGUCCACGAGUGGAACACGGAGGUGCCCCCCUCCCUGGCGUCGGGCGCGCCCAUGACCCGCGUGCCGGAGCGGGACAGCAACGCGUGGCUGUACACGCUGGACCCCAUCCUGGUCACCAUCAUCGUGAUGAGCUCCCUGGGCGUGGUCCUGGGCGCCGUGUGCGCCGGCCUGCUGCUCUACUGCACGUGCUCGUACGGCGGGCUGUCGGCGCGCUCCUCCACCACGCUGGAGAACUACAACUUUGAGCUGUACGACGGGCUGAAGCACAAGGUGAAGCUCAACCAGCAGAGGUGCUGCACCGAGGCGUGAGGGCGGGGGAGGAGUGGGGGGAGAGCGAGAGGGAGGCGGAGAGAGGGAGUGUUUUGUUUCCGACGUUUUAUUUCAGUUUGCCGCUUUUUUUUUUUGAGGGGGGAUUUUUUUCCGGCCCGCAGAGUCGGAUUCUUCGGAUUGUCGGAUUCUUCGGAUUGUCGGAUUCUUCGGAUUGUCGGAUUCUUCGGAUUGCCGAACUGACGGCGAAAAUGAAGGAAAAAUAAACUGCUUUUUGAGCUGGGUUUGAACUCGGUUGACAUGGCAACGCUAGAAUUCACCGUCCAGGGUUUUUUUUUGUUUUUUUUUUUUGUUAUUUCCGAUGCUUUAUUCUUCGAAGGAACCAGGUUACCCUGUUGUUAGGCCUCAAAACAACAACAACAACAACAACAAGAUUCAACAACAAGAAUCGACACAUAUCAGUGACAAAACUCCUGCUCCAUCGACACGGAUCUUAAAGAAACAGAAUUUAAACCAACAAAGAAGACUGAUUUGUAAAAAAAGAAAAAAAUGAAAACGCGCAAAGAGAUCUAGUUUUUAAAACUGGAAACUAUUGUUACGCUAAACCUAGUGAUUGAGAGAUUUGUUUUGAAGUGGUGUUAGCCUAGCGACGUGCUUAGCUAGCAAACAUUUUAUGUUCGUCUUUUGGAACCUCUGUGACCCAGUGGCCUAGAACUUAGCUCGUCGGCGUGGACCGUGGUUUCGUGGUUUCGUUAUUUCCUUCCUCUUUUUUAUGUUCUUCCCCGGCAGAAACUGAUCACUGCUAUGCUCAGAUAUCCACUCAAAUGUUGUCUGUUUUAUUAUUAUUUUUUAUUUUUCUAUCGCCAGCACUCUUCGAUGUUCUUUUUAGUUUUCACAUUCUUGUCUUUCCGAUUUAUUUCCGAAGUUUUUUUGUAUGCGUCCAGGCCAAUUUCCAGGCGUUUUCCCAGGGCCUGGACGUUAAAGGCCAUUCAGAAAGUGUGUGUGUGUGUGUGUGUGUGUGUGUGUGUGUGUGAGCGAGCGUGUGUGUGUAUGUGUUUUUGGUGUGUGCGUGUGUGUGUGUGGGUGUGUGCGUGUGUGUGUGUGUGGAUGGUGGUAGGCAUUGAGUGAAGGCAGUAGCCUUUGUGGUAGAAGUGUGCGUGUGUGUGGGGUGGAUGGGGGGGGGGGGGGUUGGGUUGCGGUGUUACGCAACACAUUAAGUUAAUGCUUUUUGUUGUUCACUCUGAGACUGUUGGUUGCUGUCGGAGAAAAGAAGAGAAAAGGUCAUGUUUACAUUGGCGUCAACGGUGGAAAGGUCAGCGAUGGUGUGCAACCUAUGGAUUGCUUUAUAGGGUGCGGCCGCGACGGAGAGACGUCCGAGAGAGGGCGAGAGAGAGCGAGAACUCAAGCGAGGAAGCAGCAGGGGGGGGGGGAAAAAACGAUUUGACAUUCACACACUUGUUCUUUUUACCUUGUGGGGACCAUAGACUUUGUGGGGACCGGGGAGGAUCGCCGGAACACACACACAAGCCUUAAUGCCAACUGCUGGCUGAAAAACAGUUGAGGGAACUAAAAGAGAAACAAGAGAGAGGGAGAGAGAUCUCCCUCGGUUACAAUGCGGACCUCCACAUCGAUGACUUUUAAAAAGGCCCUCCUCUGGGAUACGAACCCCCCUCCACUCCACCCCUUCACCACUGUUUCAUUCCUUAUCAUCCCUUUUUUUACUUUCAAUUUUUUACAUUUACCGAAUAGACAUUCGCAUCGGCGAGGCACAAACUCUUUGGGGACCGUGGAUUUUCGUCCAAUCAGAUAUGGCGUCUUGUCUGGCCGCACGCUCACAGUGGACGGGUCAGCCGCGUGCGACGGAAGUCUUAUCUGUUGUGAACCCCUUCCCACACACACACGCACACACACACAUGCACACGCAAUCACACACACACACACACACAGAGGUAUACACACAGGCACAGAAGCACGGACACAAACUCACUCACCCAGGAGGUGAACUCGUUCACACACUCACGGACACACAAUUUCACAGACUCACACACACACACACACAGGCGCCCACAUAAGCACUUUGCCUCUCACUUCACACAUAAACUACUUGAUGGCAAUCUCAUAGCUAACAGAGCUCAAGUGCUUAUUGUUGUGUGCGUCGUGUACACACACACACACACAGAGACAUAUAUAUAUAUAUAGAUACAUAUAUAUAUAUACACACACACACACACACACACACACACACACACACACACAGGCAGCAGAGAGGGGAAUUAAACAUUUGUUUAUGUUAACAAUACAAUGACUUCUGCUUAUGGCUAA